ACUUUUCAGUAUAUAGGUUUAGAAGGAAAAAAUAAAUGCUUAUUGUGAGAAGGGUUGGCCUGACUGUUACGAUAGAAGAAGAAAAAGGACGAUGAUCUUAUUGCUUUCUCGUGUUUGGCCUGCCUGUGUCGAGUGUUUCAGCUAUGACAAGGGAAGCAGUUGGUACCUUCUGGCCUUGACCAUGAGGGCGUGGCUAAGACUAAGCUAAGCUCCUCCUUCCACUCGGUAUCAGCCAAUAGUAAGUAUCCACAUCGCGGCUGCGCGGUUGAGGGGCAGCAUAUAUAAGCUCGAGUUGGACAUAGUAACUUGCCAGCCUUCUGACGGCGCGCAGGAGAGUAGAAGCAAACUCGCCCUUGCCCUAAUCCCUUCUCUUACUUCUACAACCAAAGAUCCCCCCUCGUCAACAUGUCCCGAACCUUUAUGCUGAUUUUCGCCGUCUUGGCCUGCUCCCUCCUCAUCUCCGUGCAAAACACGGAGGCGGCGCCGUCUUGCGGGGCAACCAGAACCCAGGUCGACGCGUCCACCUGCAAGCACGGCACCGUGGAGGACUGGUGCCGCAACGUCGUCUGCGCCAAGGGCCCCGGCGAGGAGUGCGGCGGCGAGUGGGGCGAACUCGGCAAGUGCGGCGGCGGCAUGUACUGCUCGUGCGGCUUCUGCUCCGGCUGCAACACCAACCUGGAGUGCUGGUUCGGCCACUUCUGCUAGGGCUUCCGCCUCUGCCACAGCGCGGCCGCUUCUCGCUUCCCCGCUUCCUCCUUCGGCUCCCCUCGCUGCCCGGGUCCAAGGGCCGCCUCACCGUCGAGCUGAACGUGGGCCGGCCGCCUCGGGUCCCACUCGGGCCCUCUCCUUGGAUAUGAAACGAAGAUAUUACAUUUAUGGUUACAUCGGGUUCGAGUCAAGGUCUGCAAGAGAAAAUGCCCCUUGAGAUGCAAACGUCUUCGCAGGAGGUUGCUGAGGCUCUCUGGCUCUUCCGUCGCUAAGGAGCCUCAGUGCCAGGCUCCGUCGCUAAGGAGCCUCAGUGCCAGGCUCCGUCGCUAAGGAGCCUCAGUGCCAGGCUCCGUCGCGGGGGUUUCACCUUCACUUUACCUGAGCAACGUUGACAACAGAAGUCGAAUGGUAAACGUUUCACAUCUACUGGACGAAAGUGUAUUUUGCUAUUUUUAUAUACCCAAUUAUAUACACCAAAAAACGAUGGAAGUUUGUCACGUAAACAAGCUGAGCGUUGUUAUAUGUUGCACAUUUAAUCUUGUGAUAAAUGAGUACAAAUAAU